AUGAACUCUACAAAGUUUUCAUAUUUCACACUUUCUCCCUUCUUUGACACCAGGCCUUUUGAGUACUUAUACUUCAUUAUUGUUAUGUCUUUGUAUGUGUUAAUUAUUUGUGCUAAUCUUUUGCUCAUCGUGGUUAUCUGUAGUAACAGAAGCUUACAUGAACCUAUGUACCUUUUCCUGUGCAGCCUGUUUGUAAAUGAACUGUAUGGUAGUACAGGGUUGUUUCCAUUCCUUCUGGUUCAGAUCCUCUCUGACAUUCACACUGUUGCUGCUCCGCUCUGCUUCACACAGAUAUUCUGUGUUUAUACGUACGCAAAUGUAGAGUUUUGUAACUUAGCCGUCAUGUCUUAUGACCGAUAUCUGGCUAUCUGUUAUCCUCUACAGUAUAAUGUGCAUAUGACCUACAACAAGACAGCCGUACUCAUAGCUCUAACGUGGUUAUACCCUUUUAUUGCAAUCGGUGUGUUGAUAUCACUCAGCGGCUCUUUACAGCUGUGUGGCAACGUCAUCAACAAAGUCUACUGUGACAACUACUCUAUAGUUAAACUGGCCUGUUCUGACACUACAGUUAAUAACAUCUAUGGGAUGAUUUACACAGCUGCAACAAUUUGUGUUGUACUUUUAAUCUUUUACACGUAUAUGAAGAUCCUUAAAGUGUGUUUUUCUGGUAGUAAACAGACCAGACAGAAAGCUGUCAGUACCUGCACACCUCACCUGGCUUCCCUGCUGAACUUCUCCUUCGGGGCUUUCUUUGAAAUAAUACAGAACAGAUUUAAUAUGAACAAUCUCCCCAACAUGUUGAGGAUCUUUUUAUCGUUGUACUGGCUGGCCUGCCAGCCGCUCUUCAACCCUCUACUGUACGGACUGAAUUUAACCAAAAUAUGCAUGAUGUGUAAAACUCUUAUCUUUGGCAAAAUGUGA